AUGGACGGCCCGCCGCCGCCGCCACCUCCCCACGGCGAGAACCCGAAGACAACAGGCGGAUCACAUGGCUCUGCAGGGUCCGGUGGCCUGCCAUCAGGGAAUUAUGACAUCUUCAUCAUACCCCCGCAUUCGGCAGGUGGAGGUUUCGUGUAUCUGCCUAGCCUGCAGGUUCAGCGGAACAGCUUCAUGGCUGGCGUGGCUAGCACCAUUGCCAGCAUAGCCGUGUGGAAGAUGAUGGAGCCAACGGUCAAGCAGUGGUUUUUCAUCGUGACUCAGAAUGUCAAUGGCGGUGGUCCAAACAGUGUCCUACUUAUGGUCGUCGCUAUGGGAAUCGCUGGCUGGGCGUUCGGAAAGUCGCAGACACCUGGAGGCUUCUCGGGGUCUUUCGGUGGUGGCCCUGGUCCUGGAGGAGCUGGAGCUGGUGCUUCUGGAUCGGACUAUCAACGAGCUCCACCACCGCCUCCCCGUGGCGGCUAUCCGAACGGUAGUGCGCCGCCGCCUCGAGGCGGCAGUGGGGGCUGGUCCGGACAACAUCAACAGCGUGGUGCUCAGUCACCCCCACCGGAAGACGACGACUUCUGGAAUGACGAUGAUGAAGAUGAGGACAAGACCCGUGAAGAGGCACGCAAGAAGGAAGAGGCGCGGAAGAAGGCAGAGGAGCUCAAGAAGGAGGAGGAGCGCAAGAAAGCAGAAGAGGCUGCAAAGAAGGCCGACGAAGAUCGUAGACGAGCCGAGGAGGAGGCAAAGAAGAAGGAAGCAGAACGCAAGGAGGCAGAACGUAAGAAAGAGGAAGAGCGGAAAGAGGCAGAGAAGCGAAGAGAGGCUGAGCGUGUCGAAGCUGAGCGGAGGAAGGAGGAGGAACGGAAAGCGAAGGAGGAGGCCGACCGGCAAGCACGAGCAAAGGCGGAGAAGGAGAAGUGGGAGAAGAUGCGCGCUCGGGAGCGCGAGCAGCGCGAGCGAGAAGCCCGCGUUCGCCUUGCAAAGGAGCGUGAACAAAAGGAGAAGGACGCCAAAGAGAAGGCUGAGAAGGAGAGACAAGCCAAAGAAGCUGCAGAACGGGCAAAGAUCGAGCAGGAAAUUCGCGAGAAGCUGGAGGCGGAGCAGAAAGCCAAAGCUGCCGAGGAGGCUGUGAAGAAGGCCGCUGAGGACGCCGCCGCUGCUGAAGCUGCCGCAGCUAAAGCCAAGUCGGACGCGGAGCGAAGUGAGCGGUUGAAGGCGGCUCGAGAGCGUGCGCAGCGCGACCGUGAAGCUCGUCUAAAAGCCGAAGCCGAGAAGAUCAAAGCACAGGCAGCGGCUGCGACAGCACAAUCCUCAGCCGGUCGACGCACUACUACAUACGGUGGCAUUGGUGCUGGUGAACGCCUCGAUCCAUACGCCGGCGCGAGAAGCCCCCCAGCACCUUCGGUCACCUCAACGCACUCCUCGCCUAUCAAGGUCAACGUUACAUCGAAGAAGUACGAAAAGCCAACAGCGAAGUCUUACAUGGGCGACGAAAGCGAGCACUCCUUCCGACCUUACGAUACUGCCAGACCACCGAAGCCCCCAUCCCAUGCAUCUUCCUACACGGCGUCCAGCUACGCGCCUUCGCAGUCGACUGCUGCGUCAACGGCCCCGCCUAGCCAGCGCGGUCCGUACUCGACGAAUGACCCCGACAAGAUCCAGAUCAAGGCUGUCUAUCUUUUCAACGACCUCUUCCCGAAGCCUGUAGCUCAGCUCGUAUCGAACGUGGGUAAGGUGACGGAUGGUUUGGUCUUGAAGAUUCAGACCGAGGGCUUAUUCAUCGACGACGACGUUAGGAAUAUACCGCAGCGCGAGUGGGAUUGCAAGGCGUGGACGUUGAAGCUGGUCGAGACUGGCCAACAAGCCUCAAAGCACCUGCACAUCCUCCGCGCUUCCGUCCGCGACGCUGACGGCAAGAAAUAUGUCUUUUUGAUCGAUGAGUCCGAGAGCUGGAAGGUUAACAUCGGACUGCAGCGUCUGAGGAAGGGUUCGCUGGUCCGUUCUCUUGCGAACACCACGAUGACACCCAGCGAGGUUACGAGGAUCUUGAACUCGGUUCCGCCGUUGCCGUAA